CUUCGCUUUCUGAGUUGAAAAGUGGUGUUUCCAUUCCUUUGCAACAUUUGUUCCCAAUUUAAGAAACUGGAAAAAAGGUGCUGCUCGAGCCUCACUAAAUUGUGUCAUCAAAUCUUUAACAAAUCUUUUUUCCGAAACCGCAUAUGAUAAAAUCCGUUGCCCUAUCUUCACUCCCACCGCUUCCGCCCUUCACACUCUUUUUUUUUUAUGAAUUUUGAAAAAGCACUCUCAAUCCAUCCCCAAAAUGGAGCCGGAUUUCUUCAAAAAUCUACCAUCAGAAAUCAUCACCGAGAUCCUCUUAAGACUACCUGUUGUAAGCAUUCCAAUGAGCAAAUGUGUUUGCAAGCGAUGGCUCCAUCUGCUGGAGUCUGAUGCUUUUGUCAAGUCUCAUUUUGCCAGAUCCGCCCCCGCCCUCGUUGUUGUGGGGAUUUCAAAUCAGUUGAAAGUUUUGGAAUUCGAAGGCGAGCUCAAUCUGGACCUCGAGAGCCACGAUCCACUCAUCAAGUAUGAUUUCCCUAAUUACCACCGAGGAAGAAUACAGAGUUCUGUUAAUGGUUUUCUUGUUCUAAGGAUGCGUGUUGAUAUGCUUUCUGUAUGUAAUCCGAUUACUCGUGAAGUUAUUAAGCUGGAUCUGCCUUCAGAUUCACAACGAUCUACUCCAGAAGUAUCUGGUUUUGGAUUUGGGGAAAGCAAAAUCACAUCUACUCCAGAAGUAUCUGGUUUUGGAUUUGGGGAAAGCAAAAUCACUGGUCGAUACAAGGCGGUCUAUAUUUACCGUAAGCCCUAUAAUGAUAAAUUGGAUUGUCAUGUAUACACUCUUGGAACAGGAUCAUGGCGACGCCUUGAAGGUAUUCCGUAUGUGUACCAGUUUGGUCUUUCAGGUGCAUUUGUUAAUGGAAAUCUCCAUUGGAUUGCAAUCAUUGGAGAAGCGUCAUGGAUUUCUUGCUUUGAUGUUGAAACAGAAUGUUUUAGCUUCUUUAAAGCUCCUCCUUAUCAUGCUCAAGGAGUGAGGUCCUUGUCUGCUUUGAGCGGUUGCCUAUGGUUUUGCAAGGAAGCAACCGAAUAUGAAGAUGAUACUGAGCGAUGUGAGCUUACUAUAUGGAUUAUGAAGGAAUAUGGAGUGGACGAAUCUUGGAGCAUGGAAUAUGUGAUCCCCCUUGAUGAGGGCAUGUGGAUUGUUGAGCCCAUCAAAGUUUUCGAAAAUGGCGACCUAUUGAUGUUAGUGAUGGUAUACAUAUCCAGGUGCCUUUUCUACUACUCUAACAAGAAUAAAACUAUGCAAAGGAUUGAUUUGUUUGGUGCAGGGAAGGCCUCUGACAGUUUCGACUGUGGACUUUUCACUCCCACCCUUGUUUCACUCAAAACUUUAGGUUUAGGUGUGGAGAAUGUAACCUCAUUCUGAUUGAUUGCAUUUUCAUAAUGCUACCAUCAACUGAAUGUAUGUUUGAAGAUUGAAUUAGUAAUGAAGAAUAUAAUUUAGAUCAA